UAACUUUUUAGCUCUCUGGGUGCCGAGGGCGGAGCUCUAAACGACGAUUUGGCACCGUCGUCUCGCUCCUGCGCUCGGUGCUUGAUUCCAUGAACUUUCAUCUCAACGCCAUCUCUGCAGGUUACACAAAUUCAUCAACCUCGAGGCAUUUGGUUCAUCAGUGGAUCCAUUUGUUGGGGUUUCGUGUGGAUUGAGCUUGUGGGUUUCCUUCUCCGACUCGGAAAUCGCUCCUGACAGAGUUUUCACGGAAGCUUUUGAGGCUGGAAACGGAGAAGGAUUAUUCCAAAGAAUCGGUUUUUUAAAGUGUCACUUAUCUUGUUUUCAAGGACAGUCUCAAUAACAAUUUGGCGCAAUUAUCUGCAAUGAUUUACAUGGAUUGAAUCGAUUUUCAGUAGCUAAAUGUAGGGUCUGCUAGGCCCUCUAUAUUCCGACCCUUGAGUGAAGACACUGCCUCCCAGGCAGUCCGUGCCUUAUUUUAAUCUCCUUGCGUGCAAAGAACAGGAAGGCUGACACCGAUUAUAAACGGUUGAGACAUGAAAACGCCAAAGGUCCGGGCAAGGAGUGCAAACCCUUUAAGAUACAAGCUUGGUUUUCCUCUGGUGCUCUUGUGUUGCACAUUCUUCUUCUUGGUCGGCUUUUACGGUUCCAAUUCCCUCUCCAAGGAAGAAAAACAUGUGGUGAUUGACCCCGUCACCAAUGAGAAACUUGUGUUCGAACAUGGCCGUACUGGAGACAGUUCUGUUACUGACAUUCCUUUCCAGGUGUUAAGUUGGAAACCACGUGCCCUUUUGUAUCCGAAUUUUGCAAGCAAAGAGCAAUGUGAAGCCAUCAUCAAGCUUGCGAGGACACGUCUUGCUCCUUCUGGUCUGGCUUUGAGGAAAGGGGAGAGUGAAGCCACAACGAAAGAAAUCAGAACUAGUUCUGGAACUUUCUUGAGAGCCAGUGAAGAUAAAACACAGAGUUUAGCGGAGGUUGAGGAGAAGAUGGCCAGAGCAACCAUGAUACCUCGGCAGAAUGGGGAGGCUUUUAAUGUGUUGCGGUACAACCCAGGUCAAAAAUACGAUUGUCACUAUGAUGUUUUUGAUCCAGCUGAGUAUGGUCCUCAACCAAGCCAGCGGAUGGCUUCCUUUCUCCUUUAUUUAUCAGACGUCGAAGAGGGCGGAGAAACGAUGUUUCCCUUCGAAAACUUUCAAAAUAUGAACACAGGCUAUAAUUAUAAGGACUGUAUUGGGUUGAAAGUGAAACCCCGCCAAGGCGAUGCUCUUCUUUUCUAUUCAAUGCAUCCUAACGGUACAUUUGACAAGACCGCAUUGCAUGGAAGCUGUCCAGUUAUCAAAGGCGAAAAAUGGGUCGCCACGAAGUGGAUACGCAAUACCGACAAAUUUUAAUCUGAAAGAUCCCACUGGUGACUGUUAUAACUUGCUGCCUUCUUAAAGUUCUUUCGGUAGUACUCUAGGAGCUUCAGGUUAUCUUACAAAAGUAUCGGGUCUGAGAAAGUGUAAAAUCUGUGCGUACCUGAAUCCAUCAAUUAAGUCAUGGGUGUUAUCUUUUAACAUUCCUGGUCUCUGCCAACCAGAGUUCCAGAGAAACGGUUGUUCGCUGGAUUAUUGCCAGCUUAAAGUUCACUUAAGAAAUUCUAAACUCUUCAACUAAGAAGACAUUGUCCUUGACCUUG